CAAAAAAAAAAAAAGAACUUAGCCUUCUGUUUCGACAGGAUUGUACAAGAUAGUAGAUUUUAAUUAUACCAACAAUAAAUUCUAAUCGAUACACGAUUUCUUGAAAAAAUAUACUUUGAUCUUUAGUUGUGUGAAUUGAAUGUCAUUCUUCUAGUUAUUAACUUAGUUAACUCAACAGAAUAACGAAAAUAGGAUCAUUACUUUUGCCGGUCAUAAAAUUUCGGAAUUAUACAGUGGAUCCUAAUAAUCGGGUUAAUACUUUGGUUCCUCCUGGUCUUUUUUGGUUUCAUUUUAAUAAAUUAAACUUCAGUCUUCGAAGUGGUGUAAUAGUUUAUGUGGUUUCGGAAUUAUUAUACCUCGGGUUGCAUAACACGUCAGACAAAUUGUCAUUAUAUCUGAUCAGUAAUUAAGUCAACAGUAACGAGAAAAUGCUGCUUUGCCCAUCUCAACGUUAUAUAUCGCUAGUAUUUCGAACCAUGUCAUCCGUAGCAGAACGCACCGUGAUCUGCGAGGAAUUUGGUAAGGAUAAGGCAGUCAUAACGUUGAACCGACAGAAGGCUCUCAAUGCAAUCAAUCUGGAUAUGGUGAGACAGAUUUAUGCAGCAAUGAAAAAAUGGCAAGACAACAAAAGUCUGGUUAUCAUCAAGGGCGCCGGUGAAAAGUCGUUCUGCGCAGGUGGAGAUGUGCGAGCGAUUGUGGAGAAUGGACCGGUUGACUCCUCCAGAAAUUUCUUCCGUGAAGAGUACCGGUUGAACGAACUGAUUGGUUCGUAUAAACCAGAUUACGUCGCAAUUAUUGAUGGUAUUACUAUGGGUGGUGGGGUCGGUUUAUCCGUUCAUGGUAAAUAUCGGGUGGCAACCGAACGGACCAUGUUUGCCAUGCCCGAAACAGCAAUUGGAUUGUUUCCAGAUGUCGGUGGUGGAUACUUUUUGCCUCGUUUACCAGGAAAGCUGGGACUGUUCCUUGGAUUGACUGGGUAUAGGUUGAAAGGAAAAGAUGUGCAGAAGGCUGGAAUUGCUACACAUUACGUGGAAAGCAAAAAUGUUGAGGCUCUAGAGAGAGAGCUCAUUACUGCCAGCAACAGCUCGGACAUCGUGGAUACUCUCAACAAGUUUAAUGUCAAGGAUAAUUCAGAUUUCAUAUUGGCUAAUGAGUUAAAACAAAUUAAUGACUGUUUUGAUGCAUCAACUGUGGAAACUAUUUUUGCUAAUCUGGAAAAGGAUGGGAGCCAAUGGGCUAUUAAUACCUUGAAUUCUUUGAAAAAAAUGUCUCCUACGUCACUGAAGGUAACCAAGAAGCAGUUGGACCUUGGACGUCAGCGUGAUUUACGUAAUUGUUUGAAGGUAGAGUAUCGCAUGGCUGUUCACAGUGUUAUCGAUAGUGAUUUUAAGGAAGGUGUGCGAGCAGUACUAAUUGAUCGAGAUCAGAAUCCGACGUGGAAUCCUUCAACGUUGAGCGAAGUUACUGAUUCACAGGUUGACCGAUUUUUUGGUCCCCUUCCUGACGGAGACGAAUUGGUUUUUGACGACGAAGUUAAGUCGAAUCUUUAAAUAACCUAUUUGCCGCAAAGCGGCUACAUCAAGUGCAUUUAAUAAAACUAAGAACGUUUUUUAUCAUUUAUACGCAUAGCGUUGAAAAUAAAAUAUUUGAAUAGAAUAA